AUGUGCGUGAAACCCGAGCUGCGCGCUUGCGUGGAUGCCCGAUCGCGCCUGGGGGGCGUUCUGAAUGGGUUGGCGUGGGAUUUGCAGAGCACGCUGAGCGACCUGGACGCCUUCAGACUGUCGGCGGAGCAGCUGGUAAUGGCCUGGGCGGCUGCUGUGCGACGGCUGGUUUUCUGGGCUCUGGUUUUGAUGCCGGGAUUGUGUGCGUGGGCGCAUCCGGAGAGACGAGUAGUGAUUGUGGCGCAGGAGAGGAGGCUGAGCGAACGGGUUUCGAGGAACAGAGUGCAGCUGGGCGACGUGAAUGUGGCGAAAUCAAAGCGUGAUUUGAGCUCGACGGACUGUGGCCCCGGGCAUAAAUGCACCGGCAUCCGUGGGCACAAGCCUAGAUCGAAGAAUGCGAUGCAACACGCCCAAGAAACGCAGCCUUCCUCUGGUGGGGAAGACGCCGCCACCGGCGCAAAGUUCUCUGACUGGCAAAUAGACUUCGCCGCUGUGGCACGAAGACUGCUGCCCAUCGCUUCCAGUCCAGGGAGCGAUGUGAGCUCCUCCCCUCAGAGCACCAGCGAGGACAGGGCUACCGAGAAAGGUGCCAAGCCGAAGGAACGGCUGAAUGGAGAACUCCAGGACCAGCAAGAGGCUGGAGAUGUGUCCCAGAAGCAAGAUAACACCACACCGGUGCUGUUGGACAUUGGUAAUGUUUCAAUCCCUGAAGUGGAGGGAAUGGCAGAGUGCAAGGCAGCGGUGCCAGCUGCUGUGCUCCGGAAAGCCUCCAUUAACACCACACCCAGCUCGGCCACGACAGGCCAGUCUGCAUCAGCACCCCAUGACUAUGCCUGUCUCAGGGAGAGGGUGGAGCGUGUGGAGCGAUCCACGGUGGAUGCGACCUGGGUCAAGGAAGAGGCGUCCUCGCUGCGAGAUGCCAUUGGCAAGCUGGAAAAGGGCCAAAGUGAUCUGAAGGAAGAGUUUUCCGAAUUCAUGAGCCGCACCAGCACGCUCAUGACAACUCUGCAGCAACAAAUACAGAGAGCCCUUUCUGAUGGAAGGCAGUGGCCGGCAGCAAACCGGGUGUUUGGAAGCGGCCAGGGGGAUGGAACUUGGCACGGUCAAGGUCUUUCCCACACAUUCCCAGCCCACCGGUCGACGAUUGCCAACCGGUUGGAAGGGCCCACGGCCGUGGGUUUUGGACCAACCGACAAGACCGAGCCAUCUGCCCACCCACUGGCUUGGCCAGUCGACACCAGGCCACCUGACAGGGGCUCCACACAAACACACAGCAAGAACGUGCCCCCACCGGCUGGGGCCCUGGUGGACAGAGAGUUGCGGCUGCCCUCUUACAUGGACAUGCGGCAUGCCGAGCUGGAAUCAAAAUGCACAGCCCCUUCAGUUGGCACUGGCAGCCUUCCAACGGCAGCAGACGGUGAAGCGCUUGGCGGCCCCAACCCCCGGUCAAUUCCAGACUUUCUUUCCACGAGCGCCCCAGGAUACCACUGCCAACCCGAUGCGGCCAAUUUGGAGACAUCCCAACCACCCAUCGGCCCAAGCCACCAUCAUGCGCAGCCAAACGACUCACGCAGCAACGGUGCCUGGGGGCCCACUAAGAAUUUCCCCUUGAUCUCCUCCGCUUGGCAGCUGCGGAACAAUGUUGCAGACCCAUUGACUAAACCCAACUACAUGCUGCCGGUGCACGCAUCUUCUCCAGCAAGGCUGUGGACUGUCGGUGAUCAGAAAUUAGAGUCGAGUGUGUCACUCAGUGCGCAUGCUGCUGCAGGAAUGAAAGCCGCCAGCACCGUUCCAGGGAAGGCUGGGGGCAGGGGAGCAUGA